GUCCAUGUUGUUAAACGCAGACCCGCCCGAAGGGCCUCUGGUUGGUGAUAUUCCCCAAGAAUAUCAUAAACUUUUUUGUUACGACUAUAAUCUACGAGAGGAGAAAUAUUUUUUAGGGGUAAAG